AUGGGUGCUCUCUAUUUCCUCGCACACCCUAAUCAGCUUAGGGCCGUCAUUCAAUGGAAGCUAUGGCACGACCCCGUCCACAAGAGGGACCCUUCGACAGAGUCAGAGACCCUUAAAUCAUGCUUCGAGUUGCUUAACUUGACAAGCCGAAGCUUCUCGGCCGUCAUCCAAGAGCUCAACCCCGAGCUUCUUGUCCCCGUCGCUCUCUUUUACCUCGUCCUUCGCGGUCUCGACACAAUUGAGGAUGACAUGACGAUUGACAUCAAGAAGAAGGAGCCGUUGCUGCGCAACUUCAACAAGAACAUGGUCAUUGAUGGCUGGACGUUCACCGAGAGCGGUCCCAACGAGAAGGAUAGGGAGCUCCUUGUACGCUUCUCCGAUGUCGUCGUGGAGCUCAAGAAGAUCAAGCCUGAAUAUCUCGAAAUCAUCGACGACAUCACGAUCAAGAUGGGCAAUGGCAUGGCCGACUACGCACUCAAUGCCGAGUUCAACGCUAACGGCGUCAACACCAUCAAAGACUACGAGCUCUACUGCCACUACGUUGCCGGUCUCGUGGGCGACGGCCUUACCCGACUCUUUGUCAAGUCGGAACUCGCCAUCCCCAAGCUCCUCGAGAAGCCAAGCUUGACCGAGUCCAUGGGUCAGUUCCUCCAAAAGACAAACAUCAUCCGAGAUAUCCACGAGGAUUGGGAGGAUGGUCGCCGCUUCUGGCCCAAGCAGAUUUGGUCUCAGUACGUCGAGGACUACCCGGACCUUCUCAAGCCUGAGAACCGCGCGGUAGCCGUCAAGUGCCUCAAUCACAUGGUGCUCAACGCCCUCAAGCACUGCGAGGAGUGUCUCUUCUAUAUGGCCGCGAUCAAGGACCAGAGCGUCUUCAACUUUGUUGCCAUUCCCCAAAGCAUGGCCAUUGCGACUCUGGAACUCGUCUUCAACAACCCCAACGUGUUUGAGAGGAACGUCAAGAUCACCAAGGGCGACGCUUGCAGCCUCAUGUCCCAGUCCACACAAAACCUAAAGGUAGUGACCGAGGUGUUUAGGACCUACGUCCAGAGGAUACAUGCCAAGAACGACCCCAGGGACCCCAACUACGUCGCCAUCAGCUUGCAAUGCAGCCGCAUCGAGCAGUUCAUCGACACCAUCUUCCCUCCACAGACGGCCGAGCGGGCCAAGAAGCGAUACGAAAACGACCAAAUGGCGGAUACCCAGGGCAUGGACCUCAUGGACGGCGCCUUCCUGGUCGCCGUUGUAAUUGGCACAAUGUUGCUCAUCGCCGCUCUCAUGAUUGGUUUCGCCUUCCUGGCCAACCUCUUCUUUACCAAGUACUAUCCCGACGAGAGCGGCCCAUUAACCACGACCAUGGGACGCGACGAGUUGUAA